GUGAAAGUUAGAAGUGGAAACAGUUAAUGUCAUUUCGUAUGUAAUAUUUCUCAAUUUUUUAUUCUUAUCCUAUGUUGUUAUAAAUAUUCGAAUGGCAUCUAAAUUUGGUUCACAGUGUAUCGCUGUGUUAAGAAAUCUCAACUUAGAGCUAAAAGGUUGUUGGUCUUCACUGAGACGAAUUGGUAACCUAUCAAACCAAAUAAAAGUUUCUAUUUCUCUAAGCCUCAUUGUACUGCUUAUAACUGUGUCCUAUCUACUGAGUUCCCACACAGGGGAAAAAGAAUUGGAAGAUAUAUUGUAUUGUCACGCAAUUGAAACUGAUCAAAAAUUACCCGACAUAUCCGAUAAUGCACCAUUAAAUGUGACGAAGAGGAAUAUAUUUUUUCUGGAGACUUCGUGUAAUUCACAUAAGGAGGGAAAAUUAACUAUUAAUGCAAGGCAAGCAUGUGCAGUGGAGAGUGCUGCCAGAUUAAAUCCGAAUAUGGAUGUGUACCUUUUGUUUGCAUCACCUGGAAUUAUUAAAGAUGAAGAUUCUGAAUCAGAUAGAAUUCUAAGAGUUUUGAAAUUAUAUCCGAACAUAAAAAUACUACAUUUCAAUAUUAAAAGAUUUGUUCAGAACUCGCCAGUGGAAAAUUUAUGGACAACUGGAAAAAUUAGAGUUUCUCUUUUUCCAAUGGCACAUACAAGUGAUAUUUUAAGGCUACUUGCUCUCUGGAAGUACGGCGGUAUUUACCUUGAUUUAGAUGUUAUUGUAACAAAAAAUUUAGAAGAUCUACCUGACAAUUUUGGAGGUGCCGAAUCUGAUGUUUUAGUAGCAAACGGUGUAAUUGGAUUUGGCAAGGACGGAAAAGGAAAAGAAUAUAUUAAUGAAUGCAUUAAUGAUAUUAGUCAGAAUUUUGAUGGGCAACAGUGGAGUUUCAAUGGACCUCAAUUAUUAACUCGAAACAUUUUUAGUCACUGUCCACAAUUUGACUGGUACACAAUAAUACGUUUCGGUCGAUGUGAAGAAUUUAAAAUUUUUCCGCCAAGUGCCUUCUACAUGUUGCACUAUACCCAAUGGAGAUUAUUCUUUGAUGAAAAUUUAGGCAAUAUUUUAGUACCGUUAAUUGAAAAACAAAGUUACUUGACGCACGUCUGGAAUAAACUCAGUUUUCGUCAAAAUAUAUCAAAAACAGAUACGAAUGUACCUUAUUUAAAACUAGCUACGAAAUACUGCCCGGGAGUGGUACGGGCUCUGGAUAAAUAUUUUUGAACUGAUUUUUUUUGUAAAUGGUUGCUACAGUUUUGGCAAGUAAUAUCGACGGGGCGCAUCUAAACACACCGGUAUAGGACUCGGCACCUAGGCAUAUUUCAUUGGUCCGUUUGAAUUCGGACCGCCAAUUAAUGUGGAGUGCCGAAAUCGGUACUUGAAUGUUGAACCGUGCUGAGCCUCAGGUCAGAAUGGUCCAUUAGCAACAGCCAUGUGGAGUGCCGAAUCUAAGGUGAAAAUAUCAAACAGUGAGCAUCAGGUCCGAAUGUUUUUAUAUUAAAUCAGCUGUCCACCUCCUUCGUGUUCCUCUUAGCUAUAAUUUUACGGCGGAUGCGGUCUAUUUGGCCGUUGCUUCAUGUGUUCUUGUGCUUAAACAUGCAAGAUAAGUUUGCCUGGAUCACUUGAACACUUUCAAUGUGGUGAGCAAAUUUACCGAGCCAACAUUUUGGAGGAAAACGACAUAAAGCAAUGGAUAGAAGAGUAUAGUGAUAUAACAUACACGAACUUGAAGUCUGCGAAGAAUAAUUAUAACAGAUUCAAAUGCAGGUUUGUGUACAAUGUCAAUUCAAUGACAUAGGCUUUAGAAAAUAGAUUUUUUAGAUAUGUUUUUGUAUGCCAUCAUAGUGCUUACAAAAAAGUGGAUCAAGGAAAUAAUAAGAAAGGAAAAUCCAAAAAACUACUGUUGUCUGGCUUUAAUUGAUAUUUUAAUUAAACUAAGCAUAAAAAAAAAAGAUAAAUAUAUUAGGAUAUUUUUUUCCAAAAUUUUCUACUCUAAUUUGCCAGGUUUCAGGAUUUUAUAAUCCCCCCUGGCUCCGCCACUGCAAAUUAUUGUCCAAGAUUUUUGAAAUGUA